CCCACAACAGUCUUCCCCUUUCUGACAUCUGGGGUGGGACUCAUACCUGUUCUUAACCCUGCACAGCCUGUGCUCAGAUCCUGCAGGAUUCUCCAGGAAUGUUGAGAGCCAGCAUGUGCUCCAGUCUGUGAGAUCCUGACACCCAAGGGGCAGCAGUGGGGCCUGGUGGUAACCCUUAGCCCUCCCAGGAGAGGUCACCCAUGCCACGUGAGAUCAUCUCAGCCGGGGAGGUCCCUCCAAUGUGCUUUGUGCUCCUAUAGGACUUGGGCUACAGCCAGGGCCUAAGCCACGUGGCAGCCCUGCUGCUGAUGUGGCUGAGUGAAGAGGAUGCUUUUUGGGCCCUGGUCCAGCUCAUGGAGGACAGCCAGCACGCGAUGCAUGAUUUCUACACACCAGACUGCCCAAAACUGGAGCGAUUCCAGCACCACCUGGGAGAUAUCAUGCAUCGCGUGCUCCCCUCCCUGGAGAAACACCUGGAGAAGGAGGGUGUGUACCUUGAGGACUACACCACCCACUGGUACAUCCAGUGCUUCCUGGGUGGGGUGCCGUUCCCCCUGGCACUUAGGAUGUGGGAUAUCUACAUCCUUGAGGGUGAACAUGUACUCACCAUGAUGGCCUAUACGGUCCUCAAGAUCCAUCAAAGUAAGUCCUCAGGGCCCACUGUGGCCAUGGUGCUGGGGAUGGAGGAGUUGGGGGUCCCAUGCCUGGCUCUGGUAAGCAGAACCUAGGGGAGGAAUGAGUUUUCUGAGUCCUUGGCUGGCUUGGGGGGCAUUGA